AUGAAGGCAGGACAGCCAGGAAAGGAAGACCGCAUUCUUCCCGUACCAGAUCCUGUACUAUCAUACUGGCUUUCCCAACCACACAAGUAUAGUAAUGUACGCUCGACCUCGUCUCUCCCUGCAUCAUGCGAUAUAGCAAUCAUUGGCUCGGGCAUGGCAGGCAUUGUAACAGCCUAUCAUAUCCUCAAAGGCUCACCUCGAGAUAAAAUACCCAACGUCGUCAUCUUGGAAGCACGGGAGCUAUGUUCCGGAGCCACGGCGCGAAACGGCGGACACACGAAGGUGAAGACAGCAACACUAGCCAAUCUCGAUCCUGGCUUCAGAACCGAGUUUCAAAAAUACGUGCUCGAUGUUAUCGACGCGCUCAAACGCAUCGUUGACGAGGAAGAUUUGGACUGCGAGUUUGAGCUACGGCGCAGCUUCGACGUGUUCUGCGAUGGCGGCGAGGCGCGCGAGAUGAAGCGCGUGUACGAUGACGCAGUUAGGCAAGGCGAAGGUUGGACUAAGCAUGUUACAUGCUUGGAUGAGCGGCGCGCUGAGCAAGUCACGUCCAUCAAGGGGGCAAAAGUCGCCUUCAGCGUCCCAGCAGCGUCCCUGUGGCCGUAUAAAUUCGUCACGCAACUCGUCGAACGCCUGGUGGAACGGUAUCCAGACAGUGUAAAUGUCCAGACGAAUACGGCGGUGCAGAAGGUUGAGCCAGAGGAGGGUGGGAGUAGCAAUGACGGCGGGGUGAAUCUUCUCACAACGUCUCGAGGCGUGCUUCGCGCGAAGAAAGUUGUCUUCGCGACAAAUGCUUAUACGGCUGGUCUGCUGCCUUUGUUCAAGGAGGUAAUUGUGCCCAUUAAAGGUAUGGCAAGUCACCACCACGUACCAUCAGGGAAGCAGGUACAUCCGCACCUCAAUCAGACAUACAAUAUCCAUUUUGCACCCGAUUCUCAAGGCGCCACAGGCGUAGAUUACCUCAACCCCCGACCCGACGGAGGCAUCGUCGUUGGCGGCGGGAAUUGGCUGUAUAAAACUGAUCGAGCAGUCUGGUACGACAACUUCGACGACUCAAAACGCUUCAGUGAGCGCGUCGAGGGGCAUUGGAGCGACUACAUGCAGUCUACCUUUCUCGGUUGGGAGGAGAGUAAAGCGGAAACAGAUCACAUAUGGGUGGGUAUAAUGGGUGUUACGCCGGAUGGGCUGCCGCAUGUGGGCCGUGUGCCACAGCAUCGUGGUGUGGGUGGUUCACAAUGGGUGUUGGCUGGGUUCAAUGGGGGAGGUAUGGCACUGAUUGGUACUGCUGCUAAAGCAGUUGCCAAAAUGGUGCUUGAGGAUAAGGACUUUGAUGAUGUGGAAGGCGAGUUUGGAUUACUGAGAGGGUUCAAGACGGGUGGAGAGAGGUUGAAGAAGCAUGGCGAGAGGUAG